UUCAUGCCCAGGAGAAGGCUGCUGUGGGUCCCUCUGGACUUUUCCUAAGCAGGAGAUCCCCAUUCACUAGAUGACUUCCAGAAGUAUCCACUGAGGCUUCUGCAGCCCUCCUCCAUCAGCCGAGCUUGACUGCAAGCCCCACCACUCAAGAUGAGUGGCUUCCUGGCCUCGCUGGAUCCCCGGCGGGUGCAGUGGGGGGCUGCCUGGUACGCCAUGCACUCCAGGAUCCUGCGUACCAAACCAGUGGAGUCCAUGCUGGAGGGCACUGGGGCCACCACGGCACAUGGCACCAAGCUGGCCCAGGUGCUCACCACUGUGGACCUCAUCUCUCUUGGAGUCGGCAGCUGCGUGGGCACUGGCAUGUAUGUGGUGUCUGGCCUGGUGGCCAAGGAAAUGGCAGGGCCUGGUGUCAUUGUGUCCUUCAUCAUUGCUGCAGUCGCAUCUAUACUAUCAGGAGUGUGCUAUGCAGAGUUUGGAGUCCGAGUCCCCAAGACUACCGGAUCUGCCUACACCUACAGCUAUGUCACUGUUGGGGAAUUUGUGGCUUUUUUCAUUGGCUGGAACCUGAUCCUGGAGUACCUGAUCGGCACUGCAGCCGGUGCCAGCGCUCUGAGCAGCAUGUUUGACUCACUGGCAAACCACACCAUCAGCCGCUGGAUGGUGGACAGCGUGGGGACCCUCAAUGGCCUGGGCAAAGGCGAAGAAUCCUACCCUGACCUUCUGGCUCUGCUGAUUGCAAUCAUUGUGACCGUCAUUGUUGCUCUGGGGGUGAAGAACUCUGUGGGCUUCAACAACGUCCUCAACGUGCUGAACCUGGCAGUGUGGGUGUUCAUCAUGAUCGCAGGCCUCUUCUUCAUCAACGGGAAAUACUGGGCCGAGGGCCAGUUCUUGCCCCAUGGCUGGUCUGGGGUGCUGCAAGGAGCAGCUACAUGUUUCUACGCUUUCAUUGGCUUUGACAUCAUUGCCACCACCGGGGAAGAAGCCAAGAAUCCUAACACGUCCAUACCAUAUGCUAUCACUGCCUCGCUGGUCAUCUGCCUGACAGCAUAUGUGUCUGUGAGCAUUAUCUUAACCCUGAUGGUGCCAUAUUACGCCAUUGACACUGAAUCCCCGCUCAUGGAGAUGUUUGUGGCUCAUGGUUUCUAUGCUGCAAAGUUCGUAGUGGCCAUUGGGUCAGUUGCGGGAUUGACAGUCAGCUUGCUGGGCUCCCUCUUCCCAAUGCCGAGGGUGAUUUAUGCCAUGGCUGGUGAUGGGCUCCUGUUCAGGUUCCUGGCUCACGUGAGCUCCUACACAGAGACACCAGUGGUGGCCUGCAUCGUGUCGGGCUUCCUGGCCUCCCUCCUCUCCCUAUUGGUCAGCCUGCGAGACCUGAUAGAGAUGAUGUCCAUUGGCACACUCCUCGCCUACACGUUGGUCUCUGUCUGCGUCUUGCUUCUUCGAUACCAACCUGAGAGUGACAUUGAUGGUUUUGUCAAGUUUUUAUCUCAGGAGCACACCAAAAAAAAGGAAGGCAUCCUGGCUGACUGUGAGAAGGAAGCUUGUUCUCCUGUGAGUGAAGGGGAAGAGUUUUCUGGCCCAGCCACCAACACAUGUGGGGCCAAGAACCUGCCGUCUUUGGGAGACAACGAGAUGCUCAUUGGGAAAUCAGACAAGUCAACCUACAACGUCAACCACCCCAACUAUGGCACCGUGGACAUGACCACAGGCAUAGAAGCAGAUGAAUCUGAGAACAUUUAUCUCAUCAAGUUGAAGAAGCUGAUUGGGCCCCGUUACUAUACCCUGAGAAUCCGGCUAGGCCUUCCAGGCAAAAUGGACCGGCCCACUGCAGCAACAGGGCACACAGUGACCAUCUGCGUGCUCCUGCUCUUCAUCCUCAUGUUCAUCUUCUGCUCCUUCAUCAUCUUUGGUUCUGACUACAUCUCAGGGAGGAGCUGGUGGGCCCUCCUUUUGGUUGCUCUAAUGGUGCUGCUGAUCAGCAUCCUGGUGUUUGUGAUUCUGCAGCAGCCAGAGAACCCCAAGAAGCUGCCCUAUAUGGCCCCCUGCCUCCCCUUUGUGCCUGCCUUUGCCAUGCUGGUGAAUAUCUAUCUCAUGCUCAAGCUCUCCACCAUCACAUGGAUCCGGUUUGCAGUCUGGUGCUUUGUGGGUGUGCUCAUUUACUUUGGGUAUGGCAUCUGGAACAGCACCCUGGAAAUCAGCGCCCGGGAAGAGGCCUUACACCAGAGCACGUACCAGCGCUACGACGUGGACGACCCCUUCUCGGUGGAGGAGGGCUUCUCCUACGCCACCGAGGGCGAGAGCCAGGAGAACUGGGGCGGGCCUGCUGAAGACAAAGGCUUCUAUUACCAACAGAUGUCAGAUGCGAAGGCAAACAGCCGGACAAGUAGCAAAGCGAAGAGCAAAAGCAAACACAAACAGAACUCAGAGGCCCUGAUUGCAAAUGAUGAGUUAGAUUAUUCUCCAGAGUAAGGAUAAACAUACAGAGGGUAGCAAUGGCGAUUGGUUUUCAGCAACUUCACUUGUGGGCUCAAAGGUGAAGGCUUUUUUCACUCUUAUUACCCCAAAGUCCAUCCCCAUCAUAGCCUUUCACUUGCUAUUUUUGCUCAUCGGAAUGGUUCUAAAGAAGGAUUUGGCCCAGGGUUCCUAGCUGGUCUCU